AUGAACUUGAGCCUUCAACAUUUUCUCUCUCCAAAAAUUCUUCCUUUGCAAGAACUAGCAGUAGGACUUGAACUCUCAAAUAAGCCUUUUCUAUGGGCUGUAAGAUCAGAUAUCAACAAAGCAGCAAACUAUGACUUCCUAAAAGAAUUUGAAGAGAGAUUGUCUUCUCAAGGGAAGGUCAUCGGUUGGGCUCCACAGCAGAAAGUUCUGAAUCAUCGUUCAAUUGCUUGCUUCUUAAGCCACUGUGCUUGGAAUUCUACCUUAGAAGGUGUCAUUAAUGGAGUGCCUUUCUUCGCUGAUCAAUAUAUUGAUGAGGCCUAUAUUUGUGAUAUUUGGAAGGUCGGGUUAAGGCUUGGUCGAAACGAUGGGGUCAUUAGCAGAGAAGAAGUAGCAUCUAAGAUUAAUCAAGUGUUCCAUGACGAGGAAUUCAGAGCAAGGGCUUUAGAGCUGAAGGAAAAAGCCAUAAGUAGUGUCAAAGCUAAGAAGGUGACAGCUCAAACAAGAAUUUGA